GCCAUCUUUAACACAUUCAAAAUACUACAGAAAAUCCCUCAUGGAUAAGCUUGUGUUAGCCUUGUCAAUUGCAUAUCUUCUAUGUCUAAAUCUUAGGUUUGUGCAUGGUGCUACUACUAUAACAUCAUGCAGCCAAACCCCAUAUCCAAAAGUAUGCAAUCAAUUCAUGAACACCAAUCUUCCAUCAACCGUGGAAGAAUCAAAGUCCGAAUUUCAUGUAAUAGCUCAUAAGGUGACUAUGGACCAAGCUAUCGAAGCCCACCGGCUUAUCUCAUCCAUGGACACGAAUUUAUUCAAUGAACGAGCCAAGUUGGCUUGGAAUGAUUGUUUGGAGCUCUAUGAGGAUACGAUUAACCAGCUCAAUCGUUCCAUUAGCUCCAACAAUCCAACAGAUGCAUUAACAUGGUUAAGUGCAUCAAUCGCCAACCAGCAAACAUGUGAAAAUGGUUUUAAAGACUUCAACUUGUAUUCCACUUUACAAUACUUUCCUAAUAUGCUAAGCAGCUUCUCGAAAUUGCUUAGCAAUACACUCGCAAUCAAUAAGGCCCUAGCUUCAUCAUCAACUUAUUCAACUAUGUUACAUAGCAAACAGAUUGGUGGGCGGCGCUUGCUUAAAUCUGAUGGCUUCCCGACAUGGGUUUCGGCUGCUGAUCGACGAAAGCUUCUCCAAUCAUCAGAAUCUGGACCAAAAGCUGAUGCUGUUGUAGCCCAAGAUGGGUCUGGAAAUUACAAGACAAUCUCUGAGGCCGUGGCAUCAGCUAGUGGUUCUGGCAGAUAUGUUAUAUACGUGAAACAAGGAGUCUACAAAGAGAAUGUUAUGAUUAAGAAGUCAAACAUUAUGCUUAUUGGGGACGGUAUUGACAAAACCAUUGUUACCGGUGACAAGAACGCUCAAGCCUACACAACUUUUAAAACCGCGACUGUUGCAAUUUCUGGAGGCAGCUUCAUCGCUCGGGACAUAACCUUUGAAAACACAGCCGGACCAGAAAACCACCAAGCCGUCGCACUCCUCUCGGCCUCGGACUUGUCCAUCUUCUACCGAUGUAGCUUCAAAGGGUACCAAGACACCUUGUACGUGUUUUCUCAGCGCCAAUUCUACCGCGACUGUGACAUAUACGGCACCGAAGACUUCAUAUUCGGGGACGCCGUGGCCGUCUUUCAAAACUGUAACAUUUACGUGAGGAAACCCAUGAGUGGUCAGAAAAACACCAUCACUGCACAAUCAAGACAGGACCCCAAUGAAAAUACAGGUAUAAUUAUCCAUAAUUCGCGUGUCACGGCCGCGGAAGAUUUGAGCUCCGUUGAGACUUAUUUGGGGAGGCCAUGGAAAGAGUACUCGAGGACAGUGUUCAUGAAGUGUGAUUUGGGUAGUUUGAUAAACCCAGCAGGUUGGUAUCCAUGGGAUGGAGACUUUGCACUGGAUACGCUUUAUUAUGCUGAAUAUAUGAACACUGGGAGUGGUUCUGAUACUUCAGGGAGGGUCAAAUGGAAGGGCUAUCAUGUAAUAUCGAGUCCUGCAGAGGCUGGAAAAUUUACUGUGAGGAAUUUUUUGGCCGGAGAUGAAUGGAUUUCAGGGACUGGGGUGCCAUAUAUGGAAGAUCUUUGACGUGAAUAAUUAAGGGUUUAAUUUCCCAGCUUUUUCUUAGAAGGGUGUCUAUCGUGAAUUUGUAAAUGGGAUAGGGACUUAAAGUGGUGAAAUUGUCAUGUACUCUGUGUUGGGUUCCGUUUUGUAGAUGAAACACAAGAAGAUGCUAAUGCUGGUCUAUUAUUGUUCACAUGUGUACAAUUUGUGGUAUUUGUAUCAUUUAAACUUGAUUAACAAGGCUAAUAGUGACUUAAAGUGGUGAAAUUGUCACGUACUCUGUGUUGGGUUCCGUUUUGUAGAUGAAACACAAGAAGAUGCUAAUGCUGGUCUAUUAUUGUUCACAUGUGUACAAUUUGUGGUAUUUGUAUCAUUUAAACUUGAUUAACAAGGCUAAUAGUGACUUAAAGUGGUGAAAUUGUCA